AUGCCUUGUUUUGAUACGCACAAUUGGAAUUUCACUGGUCUCAUAGGCGCAUUUCUGAAUCUCUCCAUAGCCUAUUUACUUCUCUGUACAUCUCUUUUUAUACAUCUCGUCUUGAGAUUUCUAGGGUUUCUAGGUUUUUCUCUUCCAAGAUUUCACAAUGGACGUUUUGGUGAUGCAAACAUGAAGAAAUGCCUUCAAGGAGAUCUAGUAAAUCGUGCAACAGAGAGAAUUUCAGUCGUAGAUCGAUCCAUAAAAAGCAAAAUCCCUUUUGGCUCGAUUACUAGUGAUGAUGAUUCAAAUCGGUUUGGUGAGUUGAAGCUGGUGAGAAAGAACAGUGGUGAUAUAAGUAAUGGUAGAGUUAAAGAUGAAACAGAAGAUGAUGUACCAAGAGAAGAACAGAAUGUGAUUAACAAUAAAAAUCUUGGUGGAUUUAAUCUUAUGAACGUUCAGGGCAUGAAGGGUAAGCGUUUCGUUACUCGAAGAUCAAGAAACGGUCUUAAGAACCAUAGAAGAAGCCGUGCGGAUUGUGUAAGCCUUAGAUCAGUUUCUUCAUCAGAAGCUUUCGAUGAGACCGUAAAAGCCCCUUUGAUUCAGCCUUGUGAUGUCUUUAUCAAAGCCAAGGAUGAAAUAUUUUCCAACGAUGACCGCAAAGAUUGUGUAAAGACAGGAGAGGGGAUUAAUACCUCUCAUUGGCCUGAACUUGAAAAAACUGUCUCAGUUAAUGAACAGUUCAACUCCAAUUCAUCAACAGAACAAUCUUUUGUCGGAAAUGCAGAGGAAAACUCUGUUAAGGCUUUACAAGAAUCAUUGAAAGAAGAGAGAGCUGCUCGAGCAGCGGUUUGUGUUGAACUCGACAAAGAGAGAAGCGCGGCAGCAUCAGCAGCGGAUGAAGCAAUGGCGAUGAUACAUAGGCUGCAAGAUGAGAAGGCGGCGAUAGAAAUGGAAGCGAUGCAAUUCAAGAGAAUGGUUGAAGAGAAAUCGACAUUCGAUGAUGAAGAGAUGGUCAUACUCAAAGACAUUUUGAUACGGCGUGAAAGGGAAAAACAUUUCUUGGAGAAAGAAGUUGAAGCUUAUAGACAGUUACUCGUCGAGGCAGACGAAUUGGAAUACUCUUUAACAAGAGAGCAGAAUCUUCCAGAGAGUACCGAAAAUACAGUGAAGCCGGUUCAAGAUUCUCAAGAGAAAAGAGCUUUACUUGUUCAAGAAUUUGAUGGAACGGUUCUUGAUAUGCCUUAUAGAGAAGAAGUAAACAGAGAUAAAAACAGAGGACUGUAUAAAUCAGAUUCAGAAGUUGCGUAUUCGCGCGUGCGUGAUGUUUAUAUGGUGAAGGACGAAACAGAGAAGAUUGGCAAGAAGAAGAGUUUAGAAGAAUCCUCUGUUAGUAAACCUGAUGAAUCAUUACAGGAACAUAGUAUCAUUGUCUCGGGGAUUGCUCGAAAGCUUCCUCCUUUAUGUCGUCCACGUAGAAAAUCGCUAAGCUCUUCGGGUUCAAGACGGAAAUCGAUGUCUGCGGUUGAUUAUGAGAGGUUAAAGAUUGAGAAUGAAGUGGAACUUUUGAGAGAAAGAUUAAAAGCUGUUCAAGAGGAAAGAGAGGAGCUUACGAGACGAGCAUCUUUGCCUCCAUUAUCAUCAAAGGUUAGGGUUUCUUCAGAGAGGCGAGGUUGGAGAAGAGCUUCCAUGGAUCUUCACUCUUCUUGA